ACCACAGACCCCAGAGUCUUGGACAGACCUGGACAGAGACCUGGAGAGUCCUGCAGGUUUCAGAGUCCCCCUUUUGGACGGUUCCCCUGAGGACAGACUGAGGACAUGGACGGACUCUGAUACUGAAUCAGUUGAAGAGUCCAGGUGAUCUCUGGGACUCCGCCCGUCCUGGGUUCAGUCUGCUGAUGGAGCCUCGGGCCACGGCGUUACCAUGGAAACACUGCAUCCAGCUGACUCUGCUGCUGGUCCAGCUGAGUUCACCUGAAGUCGGAGCUUCCUGUCGGAUCCUGAGGUGUAACUCUGACUUUGUGGCUGCGACGUUGGACCUCAGUGGUGGAGGUGGAGGAGCAGCUGGAGCAGCUGGAGGAGCAGCAGGAGGAGCAGCAGCUCUCAGCAGGGAGGCGGUGAACGCCGGUUACUGCAGCGCCCUGCGCUCCUAUGACAUUUGCACCAAGCGGAUGGCGCGUGCGUGUCGCGGUGACCUGGCCUAUCACUCUGCGGUUCAGGGCAUCGAGGACCUGCUCAUCCAGCACCGCUGCCCCCGGGCGGGGCCCACCGCCCAGCCACGGCCCCUGCCUCAGGGCACGCUGUCGGGGGACGCCUGCCUCUACGAGAGGAGCCUGUUCACCAGAGAGGGCCGGACGCCGGAGUACCUGCAUUGCGGCGUGUUCGGAGACCCGCAUGUUCGGACUUUUAACGACGACUUCCAGACGUGUGCUGUGCAGGGGGCGUGGCCUCUCAUAGACAACGAGUACCUGUACGUACAGGCCACCAGCGCACCUACAAGAGGGGAGACGCACGCCACCGCGCUCACCAAGAUCACCAUCAUCUUUAAGAACUGGCGUCAGUGUAUCGAUCAGCAGCUGUACCAGGCCGAGCUCGAUAACGUCCCCGCUGCGUUCGCCGACGGCUCGGUGGCAAGCGGUGAGCGGCGAGGUCAUCACAGCCUGACGGUACGGACUCAGAGUCCUGGCCGACAUGCCGAGAUCCGAGCGGCUCACAUUGGCACGCUGCUGGUGGUCCGUCAGAGCGGACACUCGCUCGGCCUGUCGGUCCGCUCGCCACGCAGCAUCGUGGAGGCCUUCGGGCCCGAGCAGGACCUGCAGCUGUGUGUGUGGGGCUGCCCCGCCUCCCAGAGACUCAACACACUCCGCCCGCCGCCGGACUCCUCCUCCGCCGCCAGCGCAAAGGCUCACUGCGCUGCGCUGCUUCCUGCCAGAGACGUCUACUACCAGGCCUGCGUGUUCGACCUGAUCACCAGCGGAGACCUGAACUCCAGCGUGGCGGCUGUCAGCGCACUGCAGGACGCCAGAAGCAUGAUCUCUGACACGCAGCGAGUUCACCUGCUGCCAGUCGCCUCCGCCGAGCAACACCGAGCACCGCUGAACCCGACGCUGCUGCUGCUGCUGCUGCUCGGCAUGCUGGGAACUCUGACCACAGAGCUGUCUGUUUGACAUGUGAUGAACUGGAAGAUGACAUCACUCUACACAGACACACACCUGUGGUCGUGUGACUGCAGCACAUCCAACAUGGCGUCCUGAGCUGGUCAUAGGCUGUAUUCAAAACCGCCUACUACAUACUACUGAGGAACGCAGUAUACAGUAUGCAGUAUACAGUACAAACUACAUACUACUAACGAAUGCAGUAUACGGUAUACAGUACAUACAGUUCAUAAUACAUACAGUAGGCGAGGUAGACUGGUCCGAUGCAUACUGGAGAUUUGUUUCCAAAUCAGUACGACAUCCAGGUAUUUUUGGCGUACUUUUACUUUUUGCUUUUGUUCGCAUACUGCAUACUACAUGCUACAUGCUGCAUGCUGCAUUUUGGCCAAAUUAAUACGUACUACUAGUAUAGUAUGAGGUUAUACUACUAGUAUAGUAUGAGGUUAUACUACUAGUAUAUUAUGAGGUUAUACUACUAGUAUAUUAUGAGGUUAUACUACUAGU